AUGUGCGUUCUGCACAAAAUCAACGUCAACUCUCAAAUCAAUCUCAUGACGUCACGAAACUUAUCCGUCUGUCUCAGUCCGUCCAUCCUUCGCCCGUCGAACUCCGUGGGAUUGAGCGUCGAGGCAAAGACGAUUCAACAGGCCAAUAACGUUGUUGAGUGGCUGAUUGACAGCGCAGUGGAGGUCCUAGGCAGGAAGGAAUGCAUCGAGUUGUUUGAGGAGGUCACUGGGCAUUUGCAUGGAUUGACGGAAGUGUGUGGCGAGGAUAGCCAGGAGGGAUUCUGCACUCCUAUGCCCAGGAUUAAUACCUCAUUCCUGAACCUGAAAGAGUUAGAGGAUUUCGGAAAAAAACUAACAAGAUCUAACUCCUGCGAGCAACUCGACUCGAAGUACCUGCUUCCUCCAACACCAUCAAACUUCUCCAACAACAUCCGGGCCUCCUCUCUCGACAACUUGGACACCAGAGGAGUGAGCCAGCUGAAGAAAACAAUCAGUCCGGAUUCAGGAAUUAGCGGAUCGACUGACGAAUCUGACAGGAAGUUGAUAGAAUCUCCAAUUUUUAAGAAAGAAAAAAGUCUGAACGAUGCUGUUGUGCAAGCGUCUGACGAUCUCAACAGAACAAAAGAAGAAGAUGAUGAAGUGCAGAUAUUGCGAUGUGAAUCGGAAACUUCGGAAGAAAAUGAUCUAGAUGUGCCCAGGAUUAAAUCUUUCUAUUUGAACUCCAAUAGUAAGACGAAGAGUGUUGUUGACGAAUCAAACGUGAAAGAGGUGACUGAUGAUGACAGCAAAUUGUCAGACGGAAUGAUUGAUAUUGACGAUGACGAAUAUUUCCUGGUGGAAAAAGAUCUAAAUGAUUUACAUGGUGGAGAAAAAAAAUCAGCGGACAUAAGUGACAGAAGAGGUAGUCAACUUACUUCAGAGAAGAAAUCAGAUAGUAGUGCAAUCACUAAGUACGACACGGCUAAAGAUACCGAUAGCGACAACACGAUGACCAAGUCGUCAUCUUUCCUAACUGGCGUUUCUCUCUCUCGAAACACGUCCAUCGUUGAGUGCAACAGUGCAGAUACUGAGGUCAGCAUAGAAGAUAAAUUCGACGAAAUAGAAAGAUUUUUUUACAGUGAACCUGCCAACUCAACACCUACUGAUACAAAACUUUUUAGAAAUAUGACAGAAUCAAAAAUAAUUUUUGAUAAAAUUUUAUUUCCUGCUGAGAAAAUUAAAAGUUACGAUGAAAACGCCAACAGUAAAUUUAAAUUUCAGCCAAAUCAAACACUUGAACCGCUACCUCAACAACAAAAAAAUAAACAUUCACCUCAGGGAGAACCAAUUCAACAAAAACCAUCCCCUAAAAUAGAACUUAAACUUCUGGAAUUGCGAGCAAAUGGAAUUCGUAAAUUGUCUCCAACAACUAAUCAACAACUUUACCAAGAGCAACCAAUUCAUCGCCAACCGCAAAAUCAUCAACCAGAAGCAGAAGAAGAACCACAAACACCCGCAAAACUUCGCCCACUGACUCCAAAUUCAUCUCAUCAAAAGUUGCAGAGGCAACAAGUGGAGCGUUUGGAUGUUUCACAAAACUCUGGUGGCAGUUGCUUGGUCUCAUCUUCUGCGAAUGUUCCUCUACCAUCUCAGGCCUCGUCAUCAUCAUUACAAGCUGUACACUCCAGUGGUGACUCAUUUAAAUGUAAAAACCUCCGACAACUGAAGCAACUUCAGUUCAGUCAACAACAACAUAAUCAGCAACAACACCAAUUACAUCAGCAACAACACAAUCAACAACCACAACAACAGCGUAAUCAACAAAGACAAUCACUUCUUUCGCUAAUAGAAUCAUCACAUCAUCGCCUCGUGAAGAGCGUGUCAUCAAAUCCAGGCACAGUAGCAGCGAACAGAAAUGAUAAAGUUCAACCGGGCAGAUAUCACACCAGCAUGCAUAUUGAUAACAUUAACAACAUCCUCAACAGCAACAACAACAACAUCAACAUCACCAACAACGCCAUCAACAGUGACAACAACACAAACAGCAACAGAAACAUCAGUAGCAUAUACGGCAACCGAAACAUUGGUAACCGAGACAAAAUUAACAAAUAUAUAAGCAGCAUCAACAUAAACAGCAUGAUGACGGAUGACGACGCUCGUUGUUCUUCAGUCUCCAGUGACAUCAACUACAACCGCAUCAACAACUUUUACAACAUCAAUGACAAUUCCUAUAACACACUCAACUUGGGUAGAAGAGCAAAAUCUCCAUAUAUAGUGGAAAUUGACACUGGCACGCCUACCAAAUCAUUAAACGAACUAAAGUUACCUCAAAGCAAACUUGCACCUAGCCAUGCUGCUGACAGAAACGACUCGUUUCAAAAACAAGUCGACAGAAAGGCUCUGGUACUUUCUGGAAACAGACAACUAAACGGGAGAUUUGUGAAUUCAGAUCCAUCAUUCAUGGAACGCCAGUCUGCAAGUCGCCCGGAUCAGGCAUCAUUCAGAAACCAGGAUAAUGGGAAUGGAGUGGGAGGAGUUGUGAUGAAAAACAUGGAAGGAGGUGCACGUAAGAAAUUCUUCAGGACAUCAAUUCAACUUGGCUCCUUUGACACUGAUUACAUCACCUACCAUGACGAUAUUCCUGUGGACGAUUGCAGCGUACAGUAUCGCAACCAGUCGCAACUUCAACAAUAUCAUCCGCAAUUACAACGGCAACCACCAGCCAAAGUUUUACAUCCGGAACCGAACUCACGGAUAUCUCAAAUCAGUCAUUACGUUGAAGACCACAGGGCAACUCCGACGUUCGUCAACAUAAACAACAGCCUAAACAACAACAACAAAUUAAACAACAACAACAACACAAGCUACAACAACUACAACAAUAACCAAUCAUUUCAAGUAGUGAAUUGGCAAACCGCCUUGAACAGCAGGACAAAACCGCCUAGGACACCCAAUCAAAUUUUUACCAACGAUAUGAAAUUAUUUUUCAGCAGUGAACACGAAGGAGUGAUCAGUGGAAAGAGAAAUGACAAUAGCAGCAUGCAAUUAAAGAGAUCUGGCUUGUGGAAAUCUACAUUUAACUUGUGA